AUGCCCCUCUCCCCCGACGAGCUCGAUGCCCUCUCGGCCACUGACGUCCGCGAACCUCUUGCGCCAGAAGUCCUCCUCCCCGUCCUAACAUCCGCGCCCUUCAUCCCCUCCCGAUCCCUCUUCAACCUCCGCGACCUCGGCGCCGUCCCCGGCAGCGCCCUUCCCACCACGCGCUUCUACCGCUCCGGAUUCCUCCAAGGCGCGGCCCAAGACCCCGAAGCUCAAGCCUGGCUCGCCAGCCACGUCCGCCGCAUCUUCGACCUGCGCAUCCCUGAAGAGCGAGAAUCAGCCCCCGACCCAGCGAUCCCCGGCGUCGAAAACGUAUGGCUGGACGUCGAAGAUGGAUAUCCCAUGCCUCCGCUGGAGGAAUUCGCCGUCGACGGAGGCCAACUCGCCUGGAAGAAGGAAUACAUGAACUGCGCGCUGGCCUAUCGCCCUCUCAUCCGAAAGAUCCUGGAACAUAUUCGCGAUACACCCGCCGAGCCGGUCCUCUUCCACUGCACAGCCGGCCGUGACCGCACAGGUGUAGUAGCAGGCUUGCUGCACGCGCUGGCCGCCUCCCCCGCCGACGCAUCCACGCGCGACUACAUGCUCUCACGGAUCGGGACGGAGCCGGCGCGAGAGAAACUCAUGCAUUACGCCAUGAGCACCCUUGGCAUCAAGGACCCUGAGACGCCCGGGUUUUAUGACCUGGUUAGUCUGCGGCCUGUGUUUUGGCAGCGCUUCCAGGAGGCGCUUGAUGAGGACUUUGGCGGCUGGGACGGCUAUGUCACGCGUGGAUUGGGGUUUUCAGAGGGUGACUUGCAGAAGAUUAAGGCUAAUUUGCGGUUCGUAGACUAG